GUUUCUCAUCAUGUGAGUUUCACUGCAGUAGCGCACUAUUAUCAUUGUUUUUAUUAUUAUUGCUGCCCAUUUCACUCAUUUCUAUGCUCUCUAAUGGCGAUUUCUUCUCUUUCUCCAGUUAGUACACUUGUUCUUCUGCUUUCUUGUUUUCUUUCCUUAUUACUUCUCUCGUCGGUUUUAGCCACCGGAGAUGGAAGGAAAACGUUCAUCGUUCACGUUCAGCGGGAUGCUAAACCUUCGGUGUUUCAGACCCACGAGCACUGGUACGAGUCUUCACUCAAGACUCUUUCCGCCGGCGCCGAUGACGACGGGGGUGGGGCCAAUCGGAUGAUAUAUUCGUACGGCAAUGUUUUUCAUGGGUUUUCUGCGAAGAUGUCUGCGUGGGAAGCUCAAAAGCUGGAGUCUUUGCCGGGGAUUCUUGCGGUCAUUCCGGAGCAAGUUAGGCGUUUGGAGACAACCAGGUCGCCGGAGUUUCUUGGGUUGACGAGGACGGACAGUGCUGGGCUGCUGAAGGAAUCGGACUUCGGGUCGGACCUGGUUAUUGGAGUUAUAGAUACUGGGAUCUGGCCGGAGAGGAAGAGUUUUAGCGAUGAAGAUCUCGGGCCGGUGCCGGCGAAGUGGAAGGGUGAGUGCGUUGCCGGGAGGGGUUUUCCGGCGAGUUCUUGUAACCGGAAGCUGAUUGGAGCGAGGUAUUUUUUUAGCGGGUAUGAAGCCACCAAUGGGAAAAUGAACGAGUCAACGGAGUACCGGUCUCCGCGAGACUCGGAUGGGCAUGGGACCCACACCGCCUCAAUCGCCGCCGGCAGGUACGUAUUUCCGGCGUCCACCCUAGGAUACGCCCGCGGCGUCGCUGCUGGGAUGGCUCCCAAGGCUCGCCUCGCCGUUUACAAAGUGUGCUGGAUAUUAGGCUGUUUCGACGCCGAUAUUCUCGCCGCAUUUGACUACGCCGUCGCUGACGGCGUCGACGUUAUCUCUCUCAGCGUCGGAGGAGUUGUGGUGCCGUACUACCUCGACGCAAUUGCUAUCGCCGCAUUUGGCGCCUCAGACGCCGGAGUUUUCGUCUCCGCUUCCGCCGGGAACGGCGGCCCCGGUGGCCUCACAGUUACCAACAUCGCGCCGUGGGUUACCACUGUCGGAGCGGGAACAAUCGACCGUGACUUCCCGGCAGACGUGCAGCUAGGAAACGGAAAAAUAUUCCCCGGAAUGAGCAUCUACGGCGGCCCUUCUUUAACUCCUCACCGGCUUUAUCCGCUAAUCUACGCCGGAAGUGUCGGAAGUGACGGUUACUCGUCUUCACUGUGUCUUGACGGCUCUUUAGACCCUAACGUCGUUAACGGAAAAAUAGUGUUAUGUGACAGAGGUAUCAAUUCAAGAGCGGCGAAAGGGGAAGUGGUGAAAAGAGCCGGCGGAAUCGCAAUGAUUUUAGCUAACGGCGUUUUUGACGGCGAAGGCUUGGUCGCUGACUGCCACGUGUUACCGGCAACGGCGGUGGGAGCAGCCGCCGGAGAUGAAAUAAGGAAAUAUAUAAGCGUUGCUUCAAAGACCAAAUCUCCACCAACCGCCACCAUACAGUUCAGAGGGACCCGGCUCAAUGUCCGGCCCGCACCCGUUGUGGCCUCAUUCUCUGCCCGCGGGCCCAAUCCGGAGACACCCGAAAUUAUCAAGCCCGAUGUGAUAGCUCCCGGGCUGAACAUCCUCGCCGCUUGGCCCGACGGAGUCGGGCCGAGCGGAAUCCCAUCGGAUAAUCGCAGAACGGAAUUCAACAUUUUAUCCGGCACCUCCAUGGCCUGCCCUCAUGUUUCCGGUCUAGCCGCGUUGCUAAAUGCGGCCCACCCGGACUGGAGCCCGGCGGCGAUCCGGUCCGCCCUGAUGACGACGGCGUACACCGUCGACAACCGCGGCGAAGCAAUGACGGACGAAAGCACCGGAAACUCAUCCACCGUGAUGGAUUUCGGCUCCGGCCACGUCCACCCCCAGAAAGCCAUGAAUCCCGGCCUGGUCUACGACAUAUCCUCGUACGACUACGUCGAUUUCCUCUGCAACUCCAACUACACCACCAAAAACAUCCACGUCAUCACCAGAAAAUACGCCGAUUGCCGCGGCGCCAAACGCGCCGGCCACGUCGGAAACCUCAACUACCCGUCAUUCUCCGCCGUUUUCCAACAAUACAGCAAGCACAAACUCUCCACCCACUUCAUAAGAACAGUCACCAACGUCGGCGACCCAGACUCCGUCUACACCGUUUCCAUCAACACCCCGCCCGGAACAACGGUGACGGUGGAGCCGGCGCGGCUGCCAUUCCGACGAGUGGGCCAAAAACUCAACUUUCUCCUCCGGGUACAAACAGAAGAAGUGAAACUAUCGCCGGGAAAUUCCCGCGUCAGCAGUGGAUCAAUAACUUGGUCCGACGGAAAACACCAAGUUACUUCCCCAAUAGUUGUCACAUUGCAACAGCCACUCUAAUCGACAUUCCCGGGAAUAGAUCUAUUCCAUGAAAUGGUAUUAGUCAUCUAUUCCACGAACCAAACACGGUUUAAGGUUCAUAUGUGUUAUAUAUAUAUAUAAUGUAGUAUAAGCCCUGUGGACAGAUAUCAGACAGUACACUCUACUAUCUGAUCUGAGUUAGUAACUUUGUAUUGGGUUUUCGUUUUGUAACAGUUCAUAAGCUGAGCUGAGUUUGAGGGAUGGAUAAUCUUUUCUUCUUUGUUGUAGAAUGACAAUGGAUCUUUCAAGUAUCUUGUGUAAAAAAAAAUGUUGUUUUAUGCUGAGACAAA